AUGUCUUUACAAAAGACUGCUUUACAAAAGACAGCUUUACAAAAGACAGCUUUACAAAAGACUGCUUUACAAAAGACAGCUUUACAAAAGACAGCUUUACAAAAGACAGCUUUACAAAAGACAGCUUUACAAAAGACAGCUUUACAAAAGACAGCUUUACAAAAGACUGCUUUACAAAAGCAUUUUCUCACAAAAUUGAAUACUUUUGCUUUACAAAAGACGUCUUGA